AUGCCUUCAAAGCCUUCAACACCGAGGCGAUCCUUUACCGGCCGAAAACGUGGACGUCCCCCAGGUACAACCAACGCCACUCGCGUUGCGCGCGACCUCGGAGAUUCCCCCGCACCACCUCCCUCCGGCCGAUCUACGCGCGACCACGCCACCCCUUCCGCAGUUCCUCAUACCGAACCCCCGCCUAAGAGAAGAAGGUAUAUUCCUGGAGGUGCUGGCGGUGGUGGCCGUUUCAUCGACGACGAUGGAACUGAGACGCCCAUCGCAGCAGUGCGUAGACCACCAAGGGAGCCGCGCAGUGUGUCGGCGAUAGUCCCAAGACGAGAACGAAGCGCAAGAUUACGAACCGCCGCCGACCGAGAAGACAUGGAAUUUAGUUCGGCUGCGGCUGUCGCAGCGGCCGUCGCAGAAAACGAAGGAUACAAGCCCAGAGAGGAACGGGGCUGGGAGGAAUUCCACCCCAAGCUCGAUAUCGAUGCUACAUUCAUGAUGUUCCGCUCUGAAGAAGUCGACGGACUCUCCCUCCCUGUCGCCAAAUCGCCUCCGAGGACACCAGCAGGAGUACGGCCAUCCACACCGAUGACUGGAUCCCACACGCCCUUGAGAGAGAUAAACCCAGCCUCGACAGGCAAUACACCAGCGCCCACCGCAAACUCAUACUUCAGCCUUCCCGUUGCUGCUGGAAGUGAAACACCGCAGAAGCGUCGCACGAGACCACCCCGUGAAUCUGUCUCCUUCCUUGGUAGAGAUCUAGCUCCAGCAGCGACACCAAGACUACCCCAAGUCCUGCCUAUUAGGAAUCAAACCCCAAAAGAGCGUUUGGACCUCAAGGCGCCUUCUUAUCGGAGAUCUGAUCAGGUUGAGCAAUUCGAGAGCAAGAGCUUUGGCCAAGCACGAUACGUAGACAAGUCGAUGAUGAAUGUAGGAUAUCAGGAGACUGAUCGUUACAUGCGCCCUGAGGGCAGACUUAUCAAAGCGGCGGAGCCAAAUCUGGAGGAUGACCUCGAACAAUUAGCGGCCAAGGUCGAUGGCGAGGCACCCCCGAUAUCUGGCACCAAUGUCGGACGUGUUGAGUACGACAUGGACGAGCAGGAUGACAAGUGGCUGGAUGUGUACAACAGGGAACAAAGGAAGGGUAACGAACUGGAACCAAUAACCCGCGAAGUAUUUGAAAUCGCCAUCACCAAAAUCGAAAAAGAGUGGCAUGCGUUGGAAAAGCGGAUACCAAAGCCCAAUCCUAAACCGCCUCAGACCCAUCGACCGCGGUCUAGUUCGGCCGCGGCCGUGAAUGGCGAACCACAAGUCGGGGAGGAGCAAGACAGCAAAUGCGCGAUUUGCGAUGACGGCGACUGCGAAAACACCAAUGCCAUUGUAUUCUGCGACGGAUGCGAUCUCGCAGUCCAUCAGGAGUGUUACGGUGUGCCCUUCAUUCCAGAAGGCCAGUGGCUUUGCAGGAAGUGUCAGCUCAUCGGCCGAGGCGUACCGACUUGCAUCUUCUGCCCCAACACAGACGGCGCUUUCAAACAGACCAACUCAUCGAAAUGGGCCCAUCUUCUCUGCGCGAUGUGGAUUCCCGAGGUGUCCCUGGGGAAUGCCACUUUCAUGGAGCCUGUCAUGGAUGUGGAGAAAGUUCCCAAGACACGCUGGAAGUUGAAUUGCUAUAUCUGCAAUCAAAAGAUGGGUGCCUGCAUACAGUGCAGUAACAAAUCUUGCUACCAAGCGUUUCACGUAACGUGCGCGCGACGGUCGCGCCUAUUCCUCAAGAUGAAGAACAGUCACGGAGCACUUGCAGUUCUUGAUAACAGCAUGAUACUGAAGGCAUUCUGCGACAAACACUGCCCUCCUGACUACUCAAAAGAUAAUGGCGUCGCUCAAGCAGCGCGAGAAGCUAAGAAGUUCUACAAGCGGGCAAUGAAGGGACGGAUCUGGGCAGACAGUCAGGCAACAGCUCAUGCGCUGGCUGCCAAUCACCGCAAUGCUCUGACGGAGCACCCACCUGACGAAAGUCAAAUGACGGGGGCCAAAUUCGCGUCCUAUGUUGGUGGGGACAAGAAGAAGGGGCAAACCGGAAAGCAGAUUUGGAAGCUGCCUUCAGGCGCGCCCAUCAUUCCCCAAGCUGUCUUUGAGAUCGUUGAACAGGCGCUUUCUCGGUUCCCGUUCCGCAAGCGCAAGGACUUCGUUAGCGAGGCAUGCCGCUACUGGACGCUCAAGCGCGAGGCCCGCCGUGGUGCGGCGCUUCUCAAGCGACUGCAGCUGCAGAUGGAGACCUUCUCAUCGAUGGAGCUCACGAGGCGGAAUUUUGCACAAAUGGGCCCAUCUGGCAAGGCCCGUCUUUCACGACGUGUCGAGUUCGCUGAGGCGUUGCUCAAAGACCUCUGGGAACUGAAGCUUCUCUCGGAAAGCGUCGUCCAGAGGGAGCAAGAAAAACUCGAUGCUGCAGAGCUCGAGCAAGAAUUCGUGGACACUUGCUAUUUCCCAAUUGCCAAGCUGCUGGGACCGGUCGUCGAGAAAGCGAUUUUCCUCGACAAGAACAUCUUUAAAGAAGGCCUCUUGGAGCUACAGGAGAAACUGGAGUGCCGAUUCUAUACCAACACCCUCGUCUUCACACACGAUUUGUGUGAGGUAAUUCAUGUUGGCAUCAAUACAGAGCCGACGCACCUGGAAACCCCGUCUCAAGGCGGUACUCUUUCGCCUGUGAAGCAGAACUUCCACGACCCGAGGCAAAGGAAAACGCUCGGCAAACGAAUACUCAAGGCUAUCCAGCCACAACUUGAGACGGCCCUCAAAACAGAGGCAGAAAUCACGCACAAGCCGUAUGAGACUCUGGCCAAGGAGUUCGAGGGCAUGCUGGAAGCCAGUAUCGAAUUCCGUCAGCCGUCCAUCACCGUCUCCCGCACAGAAGAGAGUACCGAACCCAGCCAGGAUACUAUUAUGGUGGAUGCUGCUACCGAGCAGAUCACCGUUGCAAACGACGACGGCGCCAAGGUUGCAAGCGCCACAGCCGAUGCUGCAGCAGACGAGAUGGACGUCGAUGCCGAAGGAGAAGAAGACGAGGGCAAUAUUGAAGUCAACACUUCGACUUUGGACAAGCCAAGCGACGUCCACUCAUCGAAUUCAUCGGUGGCGGGGCAUGAGGGCAACGGUAAGGCUGCUGUCAAGACGGAAGAGUCACUGGCUCCGACCGUUCAGCCCACAGACACACCGCCUGAGGCCGGCUAUGUUCCUGCCAGCAGACAAACGCAGCCAGCCCCUCCAACGCCUCCGCAGUCCAACGGUAGCCUGGGCAAUGAGUCUACGGAUCCAUUGUCCGAGGGCGGCGUGCCCUGGUACUUUUCCGACUUCAAGCCCAAGGGAACGACCAUUGUCGAGGAGACAUGGACCGGCCGCGAGGCGCUUCGCAGUCUUAGCGAAGACCUCACCGACAUGGACGAGCAGGAGCUCGAGGGCCUGGCCUUUGACGUGGAGGAUAGUACUAUCACUGCGUCGCCCACCGUCAACGACGAGGUGGCGGACACGAUUGUCAGCAAGGCCAAAUCCAACAUCAGCAAAGUGCGCAAGCGCACCAGUGCCCGGGCAUCUGCUCGGAGGAGAUAG